GAAGUGCAGUUUUUUGGCACUUCCGCUUUGGUUUCACUUCACAGCCUCUGUGUUGCUGCUUUGUUUUCUAAUGCAUAUCUGACACAUGUGAGUUGUAGUUACGCCCUGAUCUCAGCCAAUGAGCAUGCAGCGGGAGUCACGGGGGCUGAAGCUCUGACUGGAGACUACUUCAUGUCCUCUCAUCCCGGCCUCCAUGUGCAUUAGUCCUCUUCCCCGUCUCAGGUGUUCACCAUGGCCGGAUCAUCUGUGAGCGACAGCGGAGCGGAGCGUAUCGGAUACAUCAGCCGAGUGCAGUGCUUCAGCGCCUGCCACCGACUCCACAGCAUUCACCUGAGUGAUGAGGAGAACAAACAAGUUUAUGGAAAAUGCAACAAUCCCAACGGACACGGACACAACUACAAAGUGGAGGUGACAGUGCGUGGAAAGAUUGAUCGUCUCACUGGCAUGGUCAUGAACUUGACAGACUUGAAGAGGUGCAUUGAGGAUGUCAUCAUGACUCCGCUCGACCAUAAAAACCUGGAUAAAGACGUCCCAUACUUUGCCAAUGUAGUCAGCACGACUGAGAACGUGGCUGUUUACAUCUGGGAUAACAUGGUGAAGGUGCUCCCACCCAACCUGCUGUACGAGAUUAAGAUUCAUGAGACAGAUAAGAACAUCGUUAUAUAUCGAGGAGAGUAGACGUGCUGAUGUAAUGUGACGUCUGAUAUGGUUACCUGGAUAAGUGCCAUUGAUUGCUGUUUAUUAACUUCACUGUUGCCUACUGAUGACUGCAGACUCCGGUUAGUUAGAAUGACAAAGGUUUAUGAAGCUCGAUAGAUGAUAUUUUAAGGUUAGUACUAUACUUGCACUUUAUAGACCAAAUAUUUUGCAGCAAAUGAAAAUGUUCAGUAUUCUUGUAGAAUUUGUAUUCUUUAAAAUUAUUUAAACCAAUGAUUCCCAAUUUUUUUUUAUGUAUGACAAGUAAAGCAAUGUCAAGUUGUAAACCCUGAUUACAGUGUGAAUUUAACACACAUUCUACACAACACAAGACAUAGCCCACUUGCCCAGCUCCUGUUCUGGCAUGACACUAGCUCAGCUCCGUGGGCCUGAAAACCUCCUCUUCCAUCUAAUCCAAAACCUCUAUGGUACAGACUUCCUCGGUGCUCUGAGCUCAGAGUCUGGGUAGCCUGGCUAACAAAUUGCAGCUACAAUUUCCAGCAGUUUACUUUACUGUCCAUCAGAAAACUCUGUAAAUCACAGAGUUCAGAUGGAGGACAUCAGUGUACAUCUCUCAGUCUGUUGCAUUAAACCUGGCUGUAGCAGUUUUUGCCAGUGCUGUGAUGAAAUGGUCUCUUAAAAUAAAAUAAAAAGAUGUUACCUUGAAAA